AUGCAAAGCUCACCAAAGCCGCGAGUCCAAUCUCCUCUUCCUCUCAAAUCUCCUGCCAGCCCUCCUCCUCUUCCCAAGCCAGCGUCUCCUGGCUCGUCAGCUCUCUCAUUUGCGCAACGGAAAGCCCAGCUCUCGCGGCCGUCGAAAUCCAAACUCAACAUCGUCGAGGGAAAUAAGAUGUUGCGGAAUAUUGACCGGCCUCCUCCCGGGGACCCAAUGUCACAUCGGCGCAAGUCGCAAAUCGGCCCAGAUAUGGCAAAGAGAAAGAGUGCUUAUUUUGAGGGAGAGUUUGCCGCCGCUACUAGGGAAAUGGAGCCUGGCAAGGAUCGGAUCCGCAACGAAGCGAUAGUCAUGGCCGAGUUCAGAACCAACGUCAUCAUCCAAGAUGAAUUCACUUUCAUCACCGACUUCUCGUACCAUCUAUCGAACCGCUAUCAGCGCCCCUUGUCCUCCGUCUGCAUCAAUGUACAACAUAGCAGUUGUAUAAUGUUCGGCGGGUCAUUCGAACCCGCGUACACGCUCACCAUAUUUGCCCUCCCAUGCUCAGUUCAGCCCAUUACCAACAAGCGGAACGCUGCCCUUAUCCAGAACCACAUUCAGGAAUUUCUGGGUGUGCCUCCAUCGAGGGGCUAUGUCCGUUUUGUGGCCACUCCAGAGGACAGUGUUGCCUGUGGAGGAAAGACCGUGGCCGGCGAGUUGGAUGAGCUGGACAGAGACGAGACCUCGGUCGAGCUAGAUCGCUCCAAAUCCACCAAGUCGAUCAAGGCCACCUCUAAAAGCAAACGCAUGUUGAGCGUUCGGUCAUUCAGACAGUUACCUAAUGACGAACCUCAGUCGAUACCCACACCGCCAUCCAGCGCAGAUGAUGGUCCCAUGAUCACCUCGUCAAUUCCAGAGCAUCCAACCCCACUACUGUCACCGGAGAGGGACCAGUAUCCAUCUUUUGAGGCCAUGCCUCGUAUAGAGGAUAUGCCCCAUGUUGACGACAGGAAGCAGAAAGUGGCAACUCGCCGCAGGAGCUUUGUCACCGCGUUAUUCAGCAGCAGAGGGACGGUAAAGGAGCGUCGCCCAAAAACUGCAAAUCCAGGGCAAUGA